UUCUCUUAUUAUAUCAAAGUGGCACGAGGUAAUAAUAUCGUAAGAGUUCCAGUUUGUAUCAAUGCUAUCUUAUCAAUAUUUGGCAUUGGAAAAUCAAGAAUAGAAAGAAUAAGAGGAUCUCUUGUUAAGACAGGAGUUCCUCCUUUAAACCAGCAAGGAAAACAUACAAAUUGACCUCUUGCCUUUUCAGAGAAUAUUGUAAAUAGUAUCAUUGAUCAUAUCAAAUCUUUUAAAGGACGCCAAAGUCAUUAUGCUUUGCAUGAAACUAGAAAGUUGUAUUUGCCAGAGGAUCUUAAUUUAUCGAAAAUGUAUAAUAUGUACAAAGAGCGUUUCCCACAAAAUAAAGUUUGUCGUGAAAGCUACAGGAAAAUAUUUGCAGAAAAAUUUAACAUCAGCUUUGGUUAUCCUCGUAAAGAUACUUGCUCAACAUGCGACAAGCUCAAUAUUAUACUUGAAAAUCAAGACACUGCUGCAGAUCAUCAGAUCAUCAAAGCUAGUCACGAAAAAGAACUUCAUUUGCGAAAAGCAGAAAUGUUUUAUACCAGAAAGAGAGAAGCACGUAGUAAUUUAAAAACUGGUCAUGUAGCUCUUGCUUUUGACUUUGCGAAGAAUAUGAGUUGUCCUAAUGUUUCUACAAAUGAUGUUUAUUAUCGUAGACAGCUCUCUAUGUACACAUUUAAUAUACACUGCUUAGGGUCAAAUAGUGUUCACUUGUUUUGUUACGAUGAAACUUAUGGGCAAAAAGGAGCGGACAAUGUAGCGAGUAUGCUGGAGUACUAUUUUGAAGACAUUAUACCAAAAGAUGUAUCUCAUUUGCAGCUUUUUUGUGAUUCCUGUGCUGGGCAAAAUAAGAACUGGACUGUUAUUCGUUUUUUGCACUUCAAUGUUGUGAAUAAAAAACGGUUUCACGAAAUAAAGAUAUCUUUCCCAAUAAGAGGCCACAGCUACAUGGAGUGUGACCGAGAUAUGGUGUUAGUUAAUCAGAAGGUUUGAGCAGAGCUACCAGUAAAUUGGAUGGAAGAAUAUCAUACCUGUCGUGAGAAACCUUCGCCAUUUAAAAUUAUCAAGAUGGAACUGAAAAUGUUCUUUAAUUUUUCUGAUCAAUUGAAACAAUUUUACAAAGUUAAAUGUCCAAUACCAACAUGUCCUAUACGUGAAAUAAUUUUCUAUCAAGAUUUUCCUACUGUGUUACAAUACAGAUUUAAUUGGAAUGGACCUUUUGAAAGAGUUGUCAUAACAAAAGCUAUAGGAAAAAAGAAGCAGUUAUUGCGAAAACCCCUCACACGUUUGUACAACGAGAGAUUGCCGAUCAGCUGUGCCAAGUAUGCGGACCUUCAAGUUCUAAAAUAUUUUUGCAUGCCAGAGGCCCAGCAGUUUUUUAAUGACCUGCCUUACAAAGGUCAGUUAAGUGAUGAUGAAUUAGUAUCAGAAUUGUCUGAAUAUGAGUCAAUUUAAAUUACUGUAACAGUUAGUGAUUAAAGGAAAAAGAUAAAUUUAUUUUGAAGUCA